AUGUGUCCAUCUAACGUGCUUUCCUGCACUAACGACCGCCUGCUACUGCAGGCGUGGGACAAACGGCUAGAGGCAUCGGAGAAAGAGCUGGUAAGGGCUCGGCACAGAGAGAAGGAGCUUGAAAAAACAGAGGAGGACAAUGCAGCACGUGCCAAGCAGGUACGGCUGCAGUGCUUCUAUUUGCUGGCGCGGUAUGCCCGGGGGGCGGCCGCCCGAGCGGAAGCGGAAGAGCGGGCGGAAGAAACGGAACGGCUAGCGACCAAAAAACAGGCGGAACUGCAACUAGAUUACGAAAGACGAAUGGCGCUUGCUAAG